CUAAUGAUGAGGGCUACAAUUAUAGGGCAGCAGCUAAACAUUAAAUGCAACCUUAGCUUUAGAGAUUUUGGGAUGUAGAUACAAGUGUAUGUAUCUACGCAUGUCUUUUAUAUCAUCCUCUUUACGAGCAGAAGUCGGACGAAUGUAGUAAGCAGAAACUAAAACCACUUUCACUACCGGUUUAGAUUAGAAGUCACCCUUGAAUAUUAAGAAGAAUUUCCAAUUACAGAUCCAGAGUGGGGGCUACCUAAAGCCAUUGAAGAUGGUUGGAUGUCUCGUACAGCUCUUACGGGGGGUUUGGUCGCAAACAGAAUACGAUGAAUGGAGAUUUCAAAUAGAUCCUGGAAAUUUAGAGUACAGAGCUAUGGUGGGAGGAAGUGAAUCGAUUGAAUCAUUGGAGACUACUAUACGUCAAGGAUUUACGCUUCCACCUGAAACUCCGAUAACUCUAACUUACCGGCUACCGUCAUGUAUGGUCGUACCAGAUAGGAAUAGAACACCACCGGUGACGAUAGUUUCCAGAAACGACAUUGAUAUCAUGAUGGGUCUAAGACAGUCCUUUUCGGAGCUCGCACUAUGUGUGACAACCGGGUCAGAGGCGGUUGCACGUUAUAAGUUGAUGACAUCAAAUACCCCAUUAAAUAACACCGCAUCUUUCGUAGAUGAAGUUCCCAACGUGCGUGCAGGAGUUGGAAACAAUGGUGAUGAUGGUACAAUCUAUCACUCGAAAUGUAAUAACUUCUCCACCACUGAAGAAACAUCUUCGACGGUAGGAUGGCGGAACAAUAGGGGACCUGUUGACAAUGAUGAUUUAAUAAAUCUGGUUGAUUUUUCUUCUGAUGGAGAUAGUGAUCUUGGGGAUCCAAUGCACAAUGCUAAUGAACUCCACGUUGGGAUGGUUUUUAAAAACCGGGAAGAAUUUAAACAACACAUCGCCUUGUAUGCUAUACAUUGGAAAUUCCGGUAUCGCACCCCAAGAUCCGCGCCGGAAGGAAUGGUGCUCAAAUGCUUCAGUACGACCUGUACAUGGCGUGUUUAUGCAGUGCGUCUCAAGGAUUCUGAAACGUAUGAGGUCAGGAAGAUGAAUGAUACACAUACUUGUUCAGUGGAUGAUCGUUCUGGUUACCAGACGCAUGCAACACAUAAGAUGGUUGGCGAGAUGGUGAGAAAACAGUUUCUAGGAAAUGGAGUUGGUCCUAAGCCCCGCGAGAUCAGACAAAUGAUGCAAGAAAAUCAUGAUGUCCGUAUUUCUUAUUGGAAAGCUUGGCGUUCAAGAGAAAUUGCACUUGGCUAUGCGAAAGGGACAUCAUCUGAAUCUUACAAUCUCCUUCCCAAAUACCUAAAUAAUUUGGUGGCUGCAAAUCCAGGCACACUUGCAGAGAUCCACACAGAGUUUGAUGAAAACAUUGGAACUAGGUUUAAAUAUAUGUUCCUCGCGCUGAAUGCUUCAAUAAAGGGGUUUGAAUACAUGCGGAAAGUGGUUGUUGUGGAUGGAACACAUUUGCGAGGAAAGUAUGCAGGAUGCCUAUUGACAGCAUCUACACAAGAUGGAAACUACCAGAUAUUUCCUCUGGCAAUUGCGAUUGUUGAUGGAGAGAAUGAUCUAUCUUGGGAAUGGUUUUUCACAAAGCUGAAGUCGUUUGUCCCUAAUAACGAAGAUGUUGUCUUUGUCUCCGACCGACAUUCGUCAAUCUACUAUGGCUUGUCAAAGGUGUACCCCAACGCAAGACAUUGUGCAUGCCUCUUGCACUUGAAAAGAAACAUCAAGACAUAUUACAAGAGCAAGCAUCUCGGUUUUCUAGUGGCAAAAGCAGCAAGAGCGUACCUAUUAUCCGAUUUCUACUAUAUUUUCAACAAGAUUAAAAAUAUUAAUGGCUCUUGUGCAGAGUAUUUGGAGGGAAUAGGAUUCGAGCACUGGACUCGUUCCCAUUUUAAAGGCAAUCGAUACGACAUUAUGACAAGCAACAUUGCGGAGUCUUGGAAUGCAGUAUUGCGAGAAGCAAGGGAGUAUCCAGUAUUGCCAUUAGUGGAGUUCAUCCGUUCAAAACUAAUGACAUGGUUUUCCACAAGAAGGGAGGCUGGAUUAACUGAUUCUGAUGGUUUAACCCCAAGAGUAGUGGCCAUACUUGCUUGGAAUUUUGAAACAUCUGUGGGUUAUAAUGUGGAAAAGAUUAAAGAGUUGGAAUACGAGGUCAAGAACAAAGAAGGCGUCGCCUUUCACGUUUAUCUUUCAGACAAAAGUUGUAGUUGUUAUGAAUUUCAGAUGUUACAAAUCCCAUGUUCCCACGCAGUAGCUGCAGCCGUCCAUUCAAAGAUAAGGGUGGAAUCAUUAGUUGCAGUCGAGUACAGUAUUGGACACUUGCGAGGGGCAUAUAGUGAAGGGAUUUCACCAUCUAUUGACAGCCAAAACAUAGAUGAUAUCAACGCAGAAGUACCCGAGUUUACCUUAUUCCCACCAGCAUGUAGGCGUCCACCCGGUAGGCCCCGAAAAAAGAGAUUCUUCUCACGUGGAGAGUUCUGUAUGAAGAAAACAAGGAAACAAGUUGUGUGCAGUCGCUGCAAAGGAAGUGGUCAUAACCGUGCUACUUGUAAAAUGCCAAUAUAAGAACUUACAAAAGUGUUAUAUAUGAAGAGGGGAUGUGACGGUGAAUGAAGGUGUAAGCAACGAAGGUGGUAGUUGUGACUAAGUAACUUUAGUUUAAAUAAAGUAAAUUAUGUGUGAUAUUGUAGUAUUGUACAAGAAUUUGAAAGUGCCAUGAUGUUUGUAACACCGCAUAUGAAUAAAUAAUGAAAUCCCCUUUUCAGUAA